AACUAUAAAAAUAUUUUACUUAAAAACAAUGCGCCAGUGUGCUAUUUGUAAUAUAACUGAUAAAUAUGAAGAUGAGGAGGAUAUUUUGAUAUUCGGGGAUUGGAUGACCAAACAGAAUGUUACCGUGCACUACUAUUGCCUGUUGCUUUCAACAAAUUUGCCACAACGCGGCGGCGACUCCAGUGGCAUUCUCGGUUUUCUGCUGCGCGACAUACGCCAGGAGGCAACAGCAGCACAACAGCGCAUUUGCAAAUAUUGCAAUCAAAAAGGCGCCAGUGUUUUUUGUUGCAAAUGUCGCAUUGUAUUUCAUGUGGGCUGCGCCGCGGAGAACCAAUGCAUCAGUCAUUUCACCGAUGAAUUCCCUAGCUACUGUGAGGACUGUGCACCGCACGAUGACUAUCAGCGUCAGCUGUUGGCCAAUCCGCCGGCGAUUAAGCAAUGCGACAUUUGCUUUCAUGAUAUUGAGUUUUUUACGAUCUCACAAGUGACAUAUGGGGACUGUUGCAGACAGGGAUUUGCUCAUAGGAUCUGCAUGCGUCGCUAUGCCAUUGCCUCCGGCUACUAUUUGAGGUGUCUCUGGUGCCGGGACAAAAAGUUCCAUGAUACCAUCAAGCUGCAGUCGGUAUUUGUGCCCGAUCGUGAUGCAAGCUGGGAGCGACAAGCGAAUGCGUACAGCGAACUCCACAAUCGUCGUAUGCGCUGCGAUCAGGGUGUCUGUCUGUGUCCCAGUGGACGGGAUUUUAAUCGUAAUACCUGGACUAUAAAGCUGUGCAAAUUGUGUGCCGCCACGGGAUCACAUUUAAAGUGUCUGGUGGGCACAAUGAAAUUGCCCAAAACCAAGCUCGAAUUCAAGUGCCAAUUCUGCACGGAGGUGGAGCUUAAGUUGCAGCAACAACAGCAGAAUAGUCCGAACAAGUCCAACUGGAAAGGAGUUGAUGAUGAACACAUUGAUGCCUCAUUUUAUAUACACAAAAAAUCAUCGGAUAGCUCACUACAACAGGAUGAUGAUGAUUCUCCGGCACAGUCGGAUGAGGAUAGUGCAUCCACAAGCAAUAUAACUGUGGUACCCUCAUCUGGGUCCAGCGUACCCGCUAACGCUGCCGAUUCCGUGAUUGAGCUGCCGGAUACGCAACCUUUGGAUAUCCUGGAAACAUUAACGCCACCGCUGUUGCUUUGUAAAUCCGGUACCUUCGAGGGACACUUCUAUUUGGUGGUCUACGAGUAUAAGGAGCAGGAACCGGAACCCCUCAUCGGACAAUGCACACUACGCUUCGCCCUGGACGAUGAACGCAUUCAGGAUAAGUCCGAGGAGGCGCUCCUACAGCUGAAGGCUACCGUAGAGGAUGUUUAUUGUCGCGAUUCAAAUCGCGGCAUUUACGACGAAGUCGAUCAAUUAGCUGCCCAUUUGUAACCCUCAUAAGAACAUACCAAUUCAGUCGAGACAACGUACACUGUAGACACCUCAACAAAAUGUAUUGAAUAUUACUAUAUAUUUUUAUACCCUGAGCCCAUUGAAAUUGGUCAAAAAAGGGUAUAAUUUGUUUAUAUGUAACAGGCA